AUGAAAGUGAAUUGUUUCAAUUUCGAAAAUGUCACGAACUCGGCGCUGUCCAAAUUCCAACUGAAAUUUCCAUCUAACUACUCUUUACAUGCCUAUUUCCGGAAAUUGAAUGUUUACUUCUACAGGUCGGCCACUGGCGGUAUGGCGGCCUCGUUCGAGUUCCAGGGCCGGAAAUACGUGCUCGACGAUGCGGCCAAACAGUACAAAACUGCCUUCGAUGAUUGCCGCGGCGCGCUCGAGGAGACGGCAGCCAUUUUCCGGGAGCCAGGCUUCGACACGGAUAUGAAUGGGUGGAAGCCGGACCACUCGAGCCAGACGACCAAGAUGUUCUACAGCGACCGCAAGACUGGGCGCUAUUUUUACCCCACUCCCCUGACCACCGAAAAGGCGCUGGCCAAUACCGUGUUCACCGACGUCGAGCUCGGUGAAGUGGAACGACAGCUACAAGUGCUGAAAAGCCUGUGUAUCCAGCUCAGGGAGGAUUGGAUCUUCCUCUUU